AUGGCGAUGCAUCGUUUGAGUAAUAUGAUGUACAGAGUCACUGUGCGGCAAGGACUCACUAUGCUCUCCCAUGGUCGUACAAAAACCGCAGCUGUUCCACUUUUUUGUGCUUCUAUGACAAUGAACGGCACAUCUUCGCGUGCUUUUUCCCUGUGGGGGGCUAAAACCACGAACGAGGAUGCUCGAAAGGCUAUCUUUGAACAUGGCGAAGCUCUUGCAUCGAGUGUGAAAAGUGCAAGUCAUGAUGUCCAGCAGAACCUGGCUGAUGUGGGUCCUUCGAUUCAUGACCGUAUCGCCCAUGCGGAAAACGCCAUCAGUUCAGCUGUCGGACAUGAAAGCGAGGCUAUUUCCCAAGCGGCUGAAACAGCGUCAACAGAGUUGAAGGCGCUUGGUCUGGGAGGCUAUUCGCCCUCUGGACUACUACAACAACUUCUUGAUGCAGUGCAGUAUUAUACGGAUCUUCCAUGGUGGGCAACGAUUAUUGCUGUUACAUGCGGCAUUCGUCUAGCUAUUGCACCACUUAUUGUGUACGUUCAGGGCAAUUCGAUCCGACUGUCGAACAUACAGCCUCAAAUGCAGGAUAUGAUUAAGGACAUGGAGUAUGCCAAGUCCACUGGCAACCAACAAGAAAUGCAAAGCGCCGCUAUGAAAGUUCGUAAGUUGCUUUCGGAUAAUAAUUGCUCGCCGUUCAAGUCUCUUCUUUUGCCGCUUGUUCAAAUGCCUGUCUUUUUGUCUUUCUACUUUGCUUUGGAUCGACUCGCAAAGGCACCACUUCCUGCCCUUACCACUGGUGGUGUGGCUUGGUUCCCUGACCUUACAGUGGCUGACCCAUACUACGCGCUUCCUGCUAUUAGUACCAUCAUGACACUUCUUGUUCUUGAAACUGGCGCAGAGACUGGAACAACGGCAAUGAAUCAGAGUCAGCAGGCCCGCAUUGUUAAGUAUAUACUCCGGGGUGUUACCGUGUUAGCUGCCUGGUUCAUUUCUAGCUUCCCCUCUGCCCUACUAUUGUACUGGUCAACCACAAACACAUUUUCUCUUGCCCAGUUACUGCUUCUCCGCACAAAGUUCAUGAAACGCUUACUUCGUCUCCCCACUAAAAUUGAGCACCCUGUCAAGCCACACGUCAAACAAAAGUCAUUCAUGGAAAAUAUCCGUUCUAGCAUGAAUAAUGCCCGUACUAAUUCGGGCGGCAAUGCCUCAUCUCGUCGCCCUGAACCCGCGCCAUUGUACCGCAAGUCGGACAACACUUCUCAGAACUUAAAUCAGUCACGCUCGCGUGCCUUGGAUGCGCUCAUGGCAGACGCCACAAAAUCCAAACAGCAACCCUCUAAUGUUGCAAAUGAGCUGAACCAUGCUGAAAAGCAAUCAAGACUCGCAGCUGCUCGUGAGCGUCGCCUUCGGCAACGAAGUUGA